ACCACGUGACGUCCCUUUAAGAUCUUUCUUGACUGUCCGCGACCAUGGCAAGGGAGAGAUUUCCACCUAAUGACCAGGGCAGAGUUACCAUGCAAAGGAUCGCGACUCGUAGCUGCCCAGUUUGAAGCGGAAUCGGAUAUAUAUAAUACGACGAAUGGUGUUUUGACGGCGCGCGCGAGAGAAAAAGCUGCUGAUCGUUCAAGCACUUUAACGCGGGACGCGCGAGUUGGGAUGCCGAAGUGACGCAGCUGGAGUUGUUUUAACAGCUUGAGAAGUUGCAGCUCAUUUCCUUCACCUUUUACCCCUGGAAGAAUGCCACGAGAUGCGAGUGCCUUGUUUACACAUUUCAUUGGGCUUUUCUGUUCUUGAGCUACUCGGAAUAUUUGCGCCAUCAGUCAAGAGAGAAGUUGCAUCCGUGAGAGGAAACGGAUUUGAAAGCAGCAGUAACGUUAACGCUAGUUUGCUCUUCUUUUCGAAAUAGCUGCGCUCCGUCGAUGACUCUCGACACCUUAAAACAUUCCGCGAUACUCACAACUUUAUUUAAAAUGGCUGAUGAAAAUGAUUUAAUAGGUGCUGCGGAGUUUGUUAAAGAUAGACUCUAUUUUGCAACCUUACGGAGCAAGCCGAAAAGCACCGCAAACACGCAUUACUUCAGCACGGAUGAGGAGUUUGUGUAUGAAAACUUUUAUGCUGAUUUUGGUCCCCUCAACUUCGCUAUGCUGUACAGAUACUGCUGUAAACUCAACAAAAAGCUCAAGUCGUUUACACUGACCAGAAAAAGGAUUGUGCACUACACCAGCUUUGACCAGCGCAAAAGGGCUAACGCUGCUGUGCUCAUCGGUGCUUAUGCUGUGAUUUACCUGAAGAAAACACCUGAGGAAGCCUAUAGAGCUCUUAUCUCCGGCUCCAAUGCCUCAUAUCUUCCCUUCAGGGAUGCUUCAUUUGGGAAUUGCACAUACAACCUGACAGUUCUCGACUGCUUGCAAGGCAUUAGGAAGGCCCUUCAGCACGGAUUCUUGAACUUUGAGACGUUCGACGUAAACGAGUAUGAACAUUACGAGAGGGUUGAGAACGGAGAUCUGAACUGGAUCAUCCCAGGCAAACUUCUCGCUUUCAGUGGGCCGCAUCCGAAAAGUAAAAUAGAGAACGGUUACCCUCUACAUGCCCCCGAGGCUUAUUUCCCAUAUUUCCGCAAGCACGAUGUCACCACCAUAGUACGCCUCAACAAGAACAUCUACGAUGCCAAGCGCUUCACAGAUGCCGGUUUCGACCAUUACGACCUGUUCUUCGUGGACGGCAGCACGCCCAGCGAUGUCAUCACCCGCCGCUUCCUGCACGUCUGCGAGAGCACGGAUGGAGCGGUGGCGGUUCACUGCAAGGCGGGUUUGGGCCGGACGGGGACUCUGAUUGGCUGCUACCUGAUGAAGCACUAUCGCUUCACGCCUGCCGAAGCCAUCGCUUGGAUCCGCAUUUGCAGACCCGGCUCUAUUAUUGGACCCCAGCAGCAUUACCUAGAAGAGAAGCAGACGAGUCUCUGGGCGCAUGGAGAUAUUCACCGCUCCAAGCAGCGGCAGUAUGAGGACAGAUCCGUGCCUCACCUCAUCUCCAGUAUGGACAACCUGUCCAUCAGCACCUCCAUCUUUAAAUCACACAGCUUGGACCGUAUGGAGGAGAACGAUUAUGCGGAGAACGAUCUCGGUAUGACGCAAGGAGACAAAUUGCGUGCCUUAAAGGGUCGACGGCAACCGAGAUCUGCGACCACCGGAGCCAUAAGACUCGAGGACAUGAAGAUACACACUAGGUCUGCAUCUCAGCCUCUCAGCAGAGUGAAACCAGCAGCCACUGGCCAGGGCUCCAUCUCCCCCCUCAAAUCCUCUAAAGUCCCACCAUCCUCCUCUGUCUCUGCCUCUGCCAAGCGAAUUGGCCGCUCUUCAACUUCAUCAACCAACCUCAAGAGCACCAGGUUAGCCAGCUCUCUGGGUAACCUGUACGAACCAAAUGGUGAAGCCAACAGCUCUGGGAAACCGCCUUCCCCUUCUUCAUUCACUUCCCACCCCAUCCGCAUGGGUUACAGCAGCCCGAUCGCCACCCACAGUUACCACUAUGAGGUCAACAACAAUCAGUAUAACAGCAUCAGCACCCCGAACAGCAACGGGGUAAGCCCGAGCAGCGGGGCAAAAAGCCUGACCUACAACCUCAACAAAACCAGCCCAAGUGGACCUUCCAGCAAUGGAAGGCUGGGGGCCAGUGAACAGGGGCACCACAGAAGCCCCCCGACGGGGCUGAGCGGGCUCUCGGCACGAUACCUCAGCCGGUCCAUUCCUGUAAGUCAUCUCUCCUCCCAUCAACCUUCCCAAGAUACACACACAGCAAAUUGACCGUGGUAACUGUCGGUUUCUGCCAAAAUGCCAUAAUUACCAAUAUGUCAACAAUAU